AUGCCGGAUCUUAGUUCUCCAAGGAGUGGACUUUGCAACAACGGGGCUCAGGAUCUUAGUUCUCCAAGUAGUGGACUUUGCAACAACGGAGCUCAGGAUCUUAGUUCUCCAAGUAGUGAACUUUACAACAACGGAGCUCAGGAUCUUAGUUGUUCAAGUAGUGAACUUUGCAACAACGGAGCUCAGGAUCUUAGUUCUCCAAGUAGUGGACUUUGCAACAACGGAGCUCAGGAUCUUAGUUCUCCAAGUAGUGAACUUUACAACAACGGAGCUCAGGAUCUUAGUUGUUCAAGUAGUGAACUUUGCAACAACGGAGCUCAGGAUCUUAGUUCUCCAAGUAGUGGACUUUGCAACAACGGAGCUCAGGAUCUUAGUUCUCCAAGUAGUGGACUUUGCAACAACGGAGCUCAGGAUCUUAGUUGUUCAAGUAGUGAACUUUGCAACAACGGAGCUCAGGAUCUUAGUUCUCCAAGUAGUGGACUUUGCAACAACGGAGCUCAGGAUCUUAGUUCUCCAAGUAGUGGACUUUGCAACAACGGAGCUCAGGAUCUUAGUUCUCCAAGUAGUGGACUUUGCAACAACGGAGCUCAGGAUCUUAGUUCUCCAAGUAGUGGACUUUGCAACAACGGAGCUCAGGAUCUUAGUUCUCCAAGUAGUGGACUUAUGCAAACAACGGAGCUCAGGAUCUUAGUUCUCCAAGUAGUGGACUUUGCAACAACGGAGCUCAGGAUCUUAGUUCUCCAAGUAGUGGACUUUGCAACAACGGAGCUCAGGAUCUUAGUUCUCCAAGUAUUGGACUUUGCAACAACGGAGCUCAGGAUCUUAGUUGUUCAAUUAGUGGUCCAAAUUAUUUUUCUUGAAAUGUUAUUUUUUUCAUAUUUUUAA